AUGCCAGGGGAAUGGGACCUCUGUGAGGGGGUUGAUGAGAGGAGAGGGUGGAGGUGCUCUGUGCAGGGCGCAGGGGUGAUAGGGAGAGGAUCCAGGGCCUUGGGGUGGUGGCCAGCUCAGAAACAGUCUAGACUAGCGGUGGGCGCUUCCAUUAAUGGUUCAGCAGUCCUGGGAGCCAGGAAGAGACCUGCAUCCAAGCCUGACCUCUACACUCUCCUUCCUCGGACUCCUGCUUUUAUCCUGCAACUAAUGGGUUUCCAUGAGAUGCAGGUGACAUUUGUCAACAAACAGCCACUCAUGACUCCUCAGUGUAGUCACUGGAGGCUUAUUCACAUGCACCUUUAUCGGUUUCAGGUUGUUGGACCAGCUGAUCCUCUUGUUGCUGUAGCUGGCGAAGACCUGGUUCUGCCCUGUUCUCUCAAACCCAACAUCAGUGCUGUGGACAUGACAGUGGAGUGGAGUAGAAUCCAUGGAUCAGACACUCUAGUGCAUCUGUACACAGACCAUGAAGACAGAAAUGAGAGACAGAUUCAGUCCUAUAGAGAGAGGACAGCACUGUUUAAAGAGGAACUGCAGAAAGGCAACACUUCAUUAAAACUCUCCAGAGUGAGAGUCUCUGAUGAAGGAAAAUACAAAUGUUUUAUUGACUCUAAAAGCCAUUAUGAUGACAUAACUGUUGAAGUCAUAGUUGAAGCUGUUGGAACCCACCCGGUGAUCUCUAUGGAGGGCUAUGAUCAUUCAGGAAGACUGAGUCUACUGUGUGAAACUAAAGGUUGGAACCCUGAGCCUGGGAUUAUGUGGCUGGACAGUGAAAGAGUCGUUCUCCCUGCUGAGAAUACAGAGACAGUCAGAGACACAGAGGGUUUCUAUGUGAAACAACGUGUUAUUGUACAGGACAGUGACACCAACAGAUUCUUCUGUAGAGUAAUAAUGAAAGACCACAUGAAAGAGGUAGAGAUUUACAUCCCAAUGUUUGAGAUGAGAGCAAUACUAUAUGCAGUGGAUGUGACUCUGGAUCCUGAUACAGCAAAUCCCGAACUCAUCCUGUCUGAUGCUGGAAAACAAGUUAAAACUGGAGGCACAAAGCAGAAUCUCCCUGACAACCCAGAGAGGUUUGAUUAUUGUCCCUGUGUCCUGGGAAAAGAGGGGUUCUCCUCAGGGAGAUUUUACUAUGAGGUGGAGGUCAGGGGGAAGACUGAGUGGGAUUUAGGAGUGGUCAGAGAGUCCAUUAACAGGAAGGGAGAGAUAACAGCGAGCCCUGAGGAUGGAUACUGGACCAUAUGGCUGAGGAAUGGGGAUGAGUAUAAGGCUCUAGACUCUCCCUGUGUCCUCCUCUCUCUGAGACAGAAACCCCAGAAGGUGGGGGUGUUUGUGGAUUAUGAGGAGGGUCUGGUCUCCUUUUAUGAUGUGGAGGCCAGAUCUCAUAUCUACUCUUUCACUGGUCAGUCUUUCACUGAGAAACUCUAUCCACUCUUCGGCCCGUGUACUAAUGAUGGAGGUGAAAACUCAUCUCCACUGAUCAUCACUCCUGUCAGAUAA